UACAACGGCUGCAGCAGAUCACCAGGGACGAGGAGAAAGCAGCAGCAAAAAAUUAACAACCACAACAACAACAGCAAAACUCAAACAUAAAAUAGCAAUGUGAUGGUAUUUCUGCAACAACAACAAAACCAAAUAACAAUACACAGUGACACGUCGUAAUGAUGCUGCUAGAUGCCAAAACAAGCGCAUGUAACCACAACAACAACAGCGACCGAAGAAAAGACUACCAGAUAACAAGCGACAUUAAAAACCAGUAACAGGCACUUGACAUUUUUAAAAUGUAAUCAAGCGUCAACAAGCACAAAGCGCACGCUGCCACUGAUACAUUGCCUGACAUACAUUUAGGCGCGCAUACAAGUUUUUGCUUCUUGCCGCGCGUCUAUUUUCGCAUUUUACGAGCGUUUGACACAAGCAAAUUAACAACAAAACAGAAAUAGGUGUGGAAGAGAUUGAAGAAAUAAAAAGAGGAAACGAAGAAGGAGAAGGAGUAGCAGUAGUAGAAUUCGAAGAAACAGCUGAAAAAGGUAUAAUAAGUAGGGAGUGCGGGUAGCAAGAAAGCGCACAGCUGCCGCAUAACAAGCAUGAAAACGGCGCUAGGAAAUGAAAUUUAAAUAGACGACAGUCAAAGUGGACGUGAGUGCGCGCCUAAGAGUAGACGUCAACUGGUGCGAAGUCAACUUCCCUAGGCGACCUAAUUCAAUUGCUGGCUGCGCAACUGGCGCGCUGAAUAACUGAAUGUGAAGGCGGCAAAACAAAACACAAAAAAAAACAAAUAGAAAAUCAAACAACAACAACAAAGCUUAGCCUUCACAGAAGAGUAUGAAGCAGCGCACAAAAGCGAGCUUAAAUACAUAUGUACACAACUUGAUGAGCAAAUGCCUGUCAGCUGGAAUUUUGGCAAAUAAAUAGUGACGUUAAAUAUCACCAACUACAACAACAAAAUUAUUUAUAAUUUGGAAGCACAAAUUUAUUUAUUCCGGGCUUUGGAUGUGGAACAGUGGAACGUGACACAAAUUUACAACGGACAAGACGAGUAUUUCACAACAAGCUACGAGCCGGAAUUUCCUGCAUACCUGCCCAACAAAAAAAAAUAGCUUCUAACAAAAAACGGGUGAAUAAAAAAAUAGAAAAGAAUCUACAAUAAAAUGUGCCAAAAGUAAAUGCCUGAGAAAAAAGUUAUUUGUGUAUUUUAAUGAUUGUGUCAAUAACUUGGUGAAGAUUGUUUGCAUAAUUUUAGGCGCCCGCAUAAGCUACAUGACAGGGCAAGGCGAAUUGGUGUAAAUGAAAACAUAUUUUUAGGCGUUAAAGAUACGAAUUAGAAGCAAGAAAAUUAAAAAAAUAAAAAAUUUAAAAGUGAAGCACAACCGAUUAAAAUAAAUAUGAAUAAUUUACUUUAUAGUGAAGCUCAAAGCUAGACAAAUUACAGUGCGGCAUACAUUUAAGAGCUGAAACAAAUUUCAUGAGUGAAUAAAGCACCCAACAAAAAUUUAGCACAACUUUAGGCAUGACAUAAGUAAAAAUAUUAACACUACAAGUAAAAAAAAGUCCUAAGUAUAGAAAAAAUUUAAAAACUCUUAACAAAAUAAAUUGCAUCAAAAAACAGCACGCAAUAAACAAUACCCUAACAAAUCUCAAAGCAACACAUAAAACUGCAAACUGCUUAUUCGAGACACACAAAAUGGUGCCGAAUUGUAGAACGCGUAGAAAAAACACCGCCAAUUGGCGAGCUAGUCUUCCGAUGCUCAGAAGCAUAGCGAAUAUGUUGCCAGCACUAUUAGGAAUCACAUUAAUCGCCGCCAAUAUUGGCAAUGCAGCGGCAAAGAUGGACACUGAACUCAUGCAAGACGAUGAGCUGCUGAUGCAAGCGCCAAAAUCAGCGCAAGUCGAAGCACUCGUACCUCAAAUCAGCCAAGUAGGGACCGACGACUCUAAUGAACAUUUCAAUCUAUAUCGCAGUGAGUUGAAACGACUCUCUUAUGAGACUAUACAUCGGAUAUUACGUGACGAAAAUGAACCGAUCUAUAGACGCGCGGAUGCGGCGUAUCGCUAUUAUAAGAAGCGUGCAUACCAGCCGCCGCACGAGGUGGUACGACGAGCGGUAGCGACAACGCCAGUAAAGAAUGACGCGCCACAACCACAGAGUAUGACACAGCAACCAGCGGCACAACACACGCUUAGACUCACAAAUGCAGAACUACGCCACUACGAUGCAGCACGUGAUUAUUAUGGCAAUCAUAACGCCAUCUAUUCGCUUGAUUUGAGUAAUAAUCUGCUGCAAGAUGUGAACUUGAGCGCGUUUACACUGCUACAGCAAGCGGAACUCGCCAACAACUCACUCACCACUAUACCACUCAAUCAACGUGACGCAUCGUCAAGCACCAUCGUGGUACUCAAUCUGAAUGACAAUCAAAUUGUACAAGCAACAGCAGUGAGUAGCGCAAGCUUACGCGAAUUACACAUGAGCGGCAAUCAAAUCACUCAAUUAACGCACCUUAAUCUCUCCAUGCUGAGCGCACUGGAAACACUUGAUCUUUCGUGCAAUGAAAUCGCCGAGCUCGAGACUGCGUUCUUCCCACAACGUAUGCACUUUCUGAAGCACCUCAAUUUGGCUUACAACCGCAUUGGCAGCAUUUACCGUGAGACCUUCUACAAUUUGCUCAGCUUGAAUACGCUGCUCCUGAGUCACAACAACAUUAGUGAUAUUGACUAUGAGACCUUUCUGGCAUUGCCGAAUCUGCAGUUUUUAGAUUUAUCGCACAAUCAGUUACAUGGCGAAGCUAUACGUGCACUCCAAGGCAUACCAGAUUUGGUGCGUUUAUCGAUUGCAUACAAUCCCGAGGUGGGCGCAGCUAUGCAGGAGUUUGUCGCAUCGUGGAGCUUGAAGGAACUGGAUGCGAGCGGUACCGGCUUGUGUCAGAUACCGGCGGCUUUGGCGCAGUCGGUGAGAAUGCUUAAGCUAACCGACAACUGGCUGAAGAUUAUCAAUUGCGGUGACUUGGAUAGCUAUCCGUUGCUGCAAUACCUCGACCUCUCGCACAGUCGUAUCGAAGAUAUCGAGGACGAUGCGCUUGGCCGCUUAGAGAUACUCGAAACGCUCUUCCUCGACCACAAUCGCCUGCGCAAAGUGCCCGUCAGUCUACCCACCUCGCUGGAGCAUCUCUUUUUGCAGCACAAUGAAAUCAUGGAUUUGCAAGCGCAAACAUUCCAAGGACUCAAUAAUCUGCAAACACUCGAUCUCUCGGGCAAUAAACUGCUCUAUUUGCCAGCGCUGCCGUUGCCCAAAUUGCUGACACUCAAUUUACGCGCGGCCGGCUUGCGGGGCGUCAGCCAGGCCAUGGUGCAUACGUUGCCGCGUUUGCGUGAUCUGCUGCUCGAUGAGAAUCCAAUUAAGUGCAGCGAUUUGCUGAGCAUUGCCGAGUGGGCUAGCCCGUGUAGGAUUGUGGAGCGAAGCGAUGCUGCUGACAGCAGCAACAUUACGGAAGUGGAAGGCUAUAAUAUCGAACGCAAUAGUAUUAUGGGCGAUUUGGGAGAGGAGCAACAGCAGCCAAUACAACAACUGGUUGGCGAUAAUCGCAUUGGCAGCACUGGCGACGGCGAGGAACAAGUAAUUGCCCUGAGUGCAAGUGCAGCUGAAUUGGGUCAGCAAAAAGGCGAUGCAACUGCGGAGGUGGCGAGUGCGAAAGCCACGGAUUCAGCGGAAGCAGCCGCAAAUAUCGAAUUGAAGCAGAAGUUUGUGCGGAUGCACAAUUUUUUCGAAAAGUUUAAGAGUAAUUGCAACAUCAAAAGACAAACGGCUAUACGCGCGCCAGUGCCCGCACCCACACCCGCUUGUGCUGUUGAGUGGGAGGCGAGCGGCGAGCAAGCGUUGCUAGUAGAGGCAGCCAACGGAGUUACGACCAGCGAGCGCACAUUGAAUUUGCCAAACGAAUUUCGAACGCAAAGCGAGAAAUUAAAUGUGAAAGCAACCGCAACAGCAACAACAACAAUGAUGCGAAAGGAGGGUACGCUUGGUGAAACUAUGAGCAGCAGCGUUGAGGCGAAGGCCAAAGCAGGCGCGCCGCGACAGAAGAAGUCUAAGAAAGAGGUGAAGAAUUUUAAAGCUGAGAUAAAAGUUUUCAAGUUUAAUCAAAAGAAUUUUACGCCUGAAAUGGCAGAAAGUUCAGAGGCAACAACAAAAGAUAUAAAAACAACAACAUCAGAUACUACAGCAACAACGCUUGCAACGGAAGUACUGUUUGAAUAUAAAACACAAGUCUCUAAAACAACCGCUAAAACAACACCAACUACAACAAAAUUCCCAAUAACAACAAAAUCUGCAGUAACAACCAGAUUCCCAUUAACAACAACAGUGAAACCAAUAGCAACAACAACAAAAAAUACAGGAGCAAAUGAGAACGUAAAUGUAACAGUACGGACCGCAAGGGACGAAAGCGGCAUUACCACAGCUACAACAACAAUGGCAGAAACGCAAAACCAAAGAACAAGUGAGGCAACUACAACAUCGGCAGUGGCAAAAACUUUGCAGCAACUUGUAACUGUUGCAGCAGGAAGUGGUGCGGCAAACAUUGCCAAUUUAUUGCGUCAACAAAUUACUGCAACAACAGUGCCUGCGAUGGUAGUAAACAGCAGCACAACAUCAACUGUACUAAAAACGUUCCCAACAGCAACAACAACGCUCAAAACAGUUGAAGCACACAGAGACGCGCCAAAAACUAUGUUUGUUGCAACGUUGCAAGACCCAAAUAGUGACGUUGAAGCGAGUGAUGCACAAACAGCUACAACAACAACAAGCGCGUUAAAUGCUAAACUGACAGCGACGUCAUCAUUAAAUAAUACCAAAGAGAUUUCCGUUAACGAAAAACAGCAGCGAGUAGAUAAUUCAGCUGCAACUACAACAAAUAGCGCUGACGUUGCAACUUCAUUGGAAAUGGCAAAAAAUGCCAGCACAGCAAGAACGGCACAACAGCUGUCGGAGCGAAUUUCAGCAACGCUAACAACUGACAACAACAACACUUACAUAAAAACAACAAAAUCCACGUCAACAACAACAACAAGCACUCUACAAGCGACUACAAGCACUAAAGUUGUAGCAGCACGAUACUUGCAAAUGAAACGCUCACAAGCAGUGCCAAGCACACGAGCAACGCAUGCAACAAAACUUGUGGCAGCAACAAAGUUGAUAAACACAGCCAAAGCAACAUUUGGGCAAAUGAGGGUUGGCGCGCUGCAAAUAGGUCAGAAUGACGCGGCAAAAAGCGAAUUGACAACACAAAAGGCAGCAGUAUCAGUAGAAAUAACAACAACAACAAAAGUUAUGCCAACAACACAACUGUCACAGGCAACGAUACAGACAAUGUCACUGGCCAAACAGAAAGUAGAUAGUAAUUUAACUCGAAAUGACAGCGACAAUGAUGAGCAUAAAGUGCAGGCAAACAAACAAGAGGUGGCGGAAGAGGCGGACGAGGAGCAAAGCAAGAUAGUGGCAACAACAACAAUGUCAGUAAACGAAUUGGCAAAGCCAAAGACAACACAAUUUUGGCAGCAACAUAAUUUUAAACGGGCAAAUCCGUAUCCAAACGACUUUUCCGGUCAGCGACGGCACUUGGCGGAGGAGCAGAAGGAGGCAAAUAGAAGCGCUACAGAGCACAACGUAAAAAUAGACACCACAAUGCAACCAACAACAAUCAGCACACAUCCGCCAACACACAAACACGAGCCGCUACAGCUGCACAUACGAGAUCGACAUUUAAUUGGAACACCGCUGCUCAUGCACCGCGGCCAAAAUAUGCUGGUGGAGGCGGCUGAGCUGCUUAAGCAAACGACUAUGACGGUAAAAUCAACAACAACAACACCAGCACUAAAACUCAGCAAAGCAAGCACUUUGAAGAUAACAAACGAGCAAGCUUUGGCCAAAAGCCAACCAACGGAAGCCGAACAUCAAGAGUACAGUCACCCCAGCGAGGGGCAAACAGUGGCGCAGCAGCAGGUGAGUGCGGUAAAGGCACAUCAGCAGUCAAAUAACUUCACUCAUAUAGAGCGCUCACAAGCGGAAGCAAUAAACAUGCAGACAAAUAUGACGCCAGAGCAUAGAGUUGGCGGCGCAGAGCAAAUGGGCAACCAGCAACAGCAAACACAUCUUAGCGAUAGUUCUGCAGAUAAGCAAAUGUUGGCAGGAAAAGCAGUGGAUAUAAACAAAUCAACAACAGCAAAGUGGUUAGAGACCACUGCAACCACAACAGAUAACAUAAACAACGAGCAGCAUAAAGUAAAAGCUAGUGGAGCGAACAGUAAUGGCAGGCGGCAUGAGCUGGAGCGUAAAGUGUUGCCAAGGAAACACGACGAUAUUGGCGGCGGCGGCGUUAGUGGCAGACGCAAACCCACUUUGAUUAUGAAGAAAAUGACCAUACAGACGCAACACACCAAGCAUACACAAACGCCACAGCAGCAGGCGCACUACAUGCUCAAUACGCCGCGCGAAAAUGAAGCAGUCUUGCGCGACCGCGGCAAUGCGGCCGCCGCAGGUAUACCACACGCGCUCGCGGGCAAACUUUUAAAAGCGAAUAGCGAAGCAGAAGUGAAUGGCAUUACACAGGACUGGUUGGAAAGCGGCAGUGAGCUAGCGGAACUUGCGCAUAACAUAGCGCAACAUAAGCACAGCACAGUUAACACGCCCAUUAUUAGUGAUAACCACGCGCACGUGCUCGCCGCCAUGGAUGAGGUUGCUACGCUGCAAAACAUGGAUGCGCCCACAGCACAGCACUCGAUCAGUAGCCAGCGGCGCGACCACGAGCCACUGCAAGUACAAGAGCGCGCCGCUCUGCAUUCACAAAGACAACAAUGGUUGGAUGUGCGGAAAGUCGGUGGCGGCACAACGCAUCCAGGCAUUGUAUUGUUACUCUCGUUUUCACUGCUCGCUGUGCUCUUAGUCGGACUCAUGCAUGUCUAUCGCUGUGAUGUGUUGCCAUGGCGCCGUCAUCUGCUAUCACAUCAACAGCGACCACAUUUGCAGCGGCAAUUCAAUGGCGGCGCCGAUGAUGACGCGCAUAGCUUCUUGCAUUAUCACAACAAUGGUGAGGGCCAACAGCAACGCGCACAGCAACCGCCACGCUGGCAUCAUGGUGAACGCACAAGCGCUAACUACAGCUCACCAUUGCACAACUUACAUGUACGCGAGUUGCAAAAGACAUCCGCCGUGGAAGUGGACGCGGCAACGCGCAUCACGCGCAGCUAUUAUGAUGUUCGGCCAUUCGAAAAGCCUACUGCGGUCGCGCGCCGACACGGCAGUACGGGCAGCAACGCCAGCGGUGGCAGUGGUCAGGUCUCGCGCAACAGCAGCAGCAGUCUGAGUAGCACACGGUCGUCCUCCACAGCGGGCAUAUUAGACGCUGACGAUGCUUUCUAUGUGGAAAUGGCAUCAGAGUGCGGUCAGCUGGGUGUUUGUGUUAGCGCGAAUGAUGCCUUACACUGUGACAUGCUGCCAAUGGAGUUGUUGACAGUCACAUCGGCGUGCAAGCGCAAUGAUGAAUGCAAUGCCGACACAGCUUUGCAUGACGCUGCGAGCCAGCGUACGAAUGAUGCGAAUAUAGAUGUUGAGAGGAAUACAGUGAUAAGCGCUAAUGGCGAAAAGCAAGCAAACAUGGCGCAGUCAUGUGGUGGCAAUAGCGCGCCGUUAUUCAAUGACAGUCGAAGAAAAGUGAGUGCCAAAACAGUAACAGCGUCAUCAUCUUCACGUAAAUUCGAUCUGUGGUGACAAGCGAUGUUCCAGCGACAGUAUGCGCCGUUCCAAUAAAUUUCAGUACAGGUGCAAGUGCGAGCAAAGAGCAAGAGAAAGAAAGAGAGCGGAUAUAUGUGAAUGAGAGGAAAGGUCAACAACAAACAAGCAAAUAACAUGUGGCCAAUAGAGCAGUGACAGCUAUCAGUUGACAGCUGACAACUGAAGUUGAAACGUAAUAAAUAGCAACAAUUGGUAAAUGUUUAAAUCUAUUGGCGUUACUUAAAGGCAGUUAUUAUGUAAGUAUACAAUUUAGACAAAGUGUUAGUGAUAGCAUGUUGUAUAGAAGUUAGUAUAGGAAACAAUUUAGGAUAUAAAAGUUUGAAAGUAAAGGACGUACAAUUCAAUAACAGAUAACACAAUGAAUAAAGUUUGUAGUGAUAGAAAACUAAUUAUAAAUCGAACCAUGAAAGUAAGAAAUAAAAAAUGGGCGCAAAGUAAACUUUCAAUUGCCAACAAGUUAUUUCCAAAAACAUCAACACAGAAUAUAAACAUAAUGUAAAUAAAAAUAUGUAAAACUAAUUGAUUUCAAAAUUUUUAAAUUUAAUUGUAAGUAAUUUUUAUGAAAAAUUCUUUUAUUAUUUUCACAAAAAAAAAAAGUUUAAUCUAGAAAAGUAAUAUUGUAACAAUAAUAAUAAGACAUGUCAGAAGAUCGGCAGAGGCAGAUCUCUCAACAACACGCUAAAACAAAAACCGGUACAGUUUCGUUAAAUACCGCUAUUUUGACGGCUUCAGAGAAUUAAGGUUAAGUUCAUUAUUACAACCGAGUGCAAAAUUCACUCAAAAUACAAAAAACUUCCACACAUGAUAAAAUGUAUACAAAUCUGAUAGUGUUUCUUAAAAAAAUAAAUUUAUGUUCAGAACCUCUCGCUAAAUUUUAUUACAAUAUCAAGAAAACAAUUAGAAACGUGAAUAAGUUGCCAAAGAAAGCAAGCUAUUUUGAGAAGAAGUCAAUAUAUAACCCACUCAGAGAGAAGCUUCAACAGCAACUAGCUGCUUCUUGAUCGAUCUAAAUUGUAUUUUAGAAACCAUAUGCGGAACAAUACAAGUAUUCUGCUUUCUCCGAAAAUUUGCGAGUCUACACCUAAUUUUUAGUAGUGAGCACGCGAAUCUUUUAAAAGUUCUCUUCUCCGUCUCUUCGUACACAGAAUAUUAAACACCUUAAACCAUCGGUUAUAAGAAAUGAAAGGAAAAACGUCAUGGUUAUAAUGAACAUAAACCCUAUUGUAGAUAUGCUAGUAUAUUCUGGCUCAGUCGAACUGCUUUAAGAAACAGUGAUUUUCAUGAGUUACAGGACAGUCUCUAUCGACACUCUCUAUCGAAUACAACUUGACCUCAGCUACAGUUAGUCAUACACCACUACAGACUAUGAACAUCUAGUGAAUUUGAGUCACCAAAAUAUUUCUUCCAAAAGCAAUCCAACAAUCUGUGCCUUCAAACAAUCACUGAUUAAUGAAGCUUCACUAUAACUUAUAAAAUGAAUUUGCUUCGAAGAACGAAGAAUUCAACCAAAAGUAAUAAAAAAACACAAAUCUGCCAUGAAUCGACUAUCAAAAAGACUAAUCAAAUAAAUCAAAACCACGGCUAUUCCACCAAACGACCAACCACAAACCAUACAUUUGGAUGCGACAAAACAGUUUACUGCAUAUAAACAAAAUUACAAAUGAUGAAAGCGAACGCGUGAAAAAACCACCACAACAACAGCUGGAAAGAGUCAGCAUUGUCAGGGGGGAAAUAAGCUGAACCCUCCGUACACUGCACCACUUUGGUCAGCCGCCCUCUCAGCGCUCCUUAAACACCUACAAAUCGGUGGACCAGCAUAUGAAAGAGUCAACAAACGUUUCGCACAUAAAAUUGUCUCUGAAGUGAGCUGCUGCUUUGGUCAACUGAUUUAUAGUUUUGUAUGCGUUUCACGUACAGCAACAAUUUGUCAUAAAGUCUCAUAUUUUCGCUUUCUUGUUUUCUCUUUUCCCUUUGCUGACCGACCUAGUUGUUUUUGUUGGUGCUGCACUUUUACUUGUUUUAUCAGUCACUUUCUCUAUUUGAAUCUAGCUGCCAUGGGCCACAUCAGUUUCUUUGCACAUCAAUAAGUGCUUUAGGUGUGUUUGUUGGUGUCUGUGUGUUCCGCUUCAGAAUUUAUGGGCUAUUCUUAUGACUUUAUGUGAUUCCCGGUGUAUUAUUGUAGUGCCGGAUUUGCCAUUUAUGGGUAAUUUUGGCGAGCUUAGCCUUAAGCGAUUCCCUAGCAGUUUAAAUCAUUUGGAGCUUUAUGGUGGAAUUAUUAUGGAAUUGCGCUGGUAGCAAGCAAUUUUCUAAGUGUGUUGUAUGUAAGUAAUGGCAAUUAUUUUACAUUUAAGCUAAAAGUUCAUAAAACGUUUAUUAUCAGUUUAAGGAUUUUGGUGUUAGUAUUAUUUUAUGGUCUCUGCUUUCUAUGCCUCGAAAUAAGGUGAUCCUGUAAAAAUUAGAUGUUAAUAUCUAUGUCUAUAAUUAGAAUUCAUACGCGUAUCCCACAUAUGUAUGUUAAGGUUUUUGGGAAAUAUACAAAUAUUUCUUUUGAUUGAGAUUAAAUAACUCUUUUCAAUUUAUUUUGACGGUUUUUGAAUAAAACUUCUAUCACGGUUCCACACGUAUUAAGCCACAACAAAGUGAGCUAAUUUCUGCGUGUUCUAUUAAUUUUCCGAAUAUACCAUAUCUGGCGGUACAGCGAUAACUGAUCUCUGAAAAUCUGACAAUGCCACCUCUUUUUGGCAUCACAACGAAUAGUAGUCUUGCAGUAGAAACAAACCCAAAUCUGAAUGAUCUGAAUUUCGAUUCGCUUUAAAAUGUCGUAUAAUAGUUUUAUCUAAUGUGCCACUGUUUCUUGUUUUCUGAAAACAUUAUCCAGAAAGCCACUUAAGAUCACAGUUUCCCACCAGACCCAUUCUAACCUUUAAUUCACUAAGUACUUAAUCAAGGGUUUAUAGAACUACUAUUUCUGUUGAUAGCCCAAAUAAUACUUAUGAGACAUAAGUAGCAGAAAGUGCCAGCUUUUCCACUCGUAAUACGGUAAUGCUCGAGCUUUGGUUGAUUAAAAAGGAAGGCCCAAAAAUCGCAUCCUCGGAUACAACUGCACAUAAGUCAUAAAUACGAGUAUAACCCUCAUAACCCAGUCAAUUCAAAUAGGCUUAGUAAAGCAUCUGGGUUGUGCCUGACUUCCUCUUCUUGCGAUUGCGGCGCCAUAAAGGAGUAAGUAUGUGCUCUGGAGCUCUGCUCUUUGGCCACAGAAGCAACACAACUCAGUGGGGCAUUCAUCUAAUUUGUGUAGAUAACAACUUAGCCCGCAGUGACCUUAAUCUUUCUUAAUUUGUUUCAAGGGAAAAACGAUUGGUUUCUUAAACCGUUUUGUAUCGAACUUUCCCAUCAGUUUGUUGGGUGCUCCCGCUAUCUCUCCCAAUACAUCAUAUUGAUUGAGUAGACCUGGCUAUGGAACGAACUCAAACAUCACUAAAGCAACACGAUCUCACGAGAUUUGUAGGUCGUUGUCAGGUCUAUUGGCCGUCUCAACAAGUUUGUUGUAAGCAAAAAGCGCUUUGUGGACAUGUAGCGGUCUUGUGAUAUCUAUCUUAUAGGAGUUUUUAUGUCUCACAACUGACCGACGUUUUAAGCUGUCCAAGUGUGAUUAUUCUUAGGAUCGACCACCUAACCUAACCUAACCUAACCUGUCCCGUAUUAUGAGUUUAUUGAUUUUUAAAUAUUUGUUUUGUGGCUGGAAAUGACUUAGACUUUUUGUCGAGCACUUUGUUUAAACUCAAACCAAGUUUAACAAUUAUUCUAUAGUAAGGAGAGAUACAGUUGAGAGACUUAUGAUUUGAUACUCGUAUGCAUAAAAGUUCCAUGCGUAAAUUUGCAACAUUCUGAAAUGCUCUCUUAAUUACACUUUAUACUCCCAAUUCUCAGCAUACAUUUUAUAUUUAUCUCUACAUAUUCUCUCACUUACUCUAUAAUUAAAGCUAGUAUCGCCCAUCAGAUAGUACUUAACUCCUUCGGCAGUCAAUAGACGCGUAAUAGCGUAGGUAUUUUAUUGAGCUCACAAACAACAAAAGCAAGAAAAGCAAAAGGCAAAGGCGAUAAAUUAAAUUGCAUUUAAUGCAAUUUCAAAUGCCUUUCUAGCACAUUAUUGCUCGUUUAACAAUUAUCAAACCAUUUUACCACUUAGUGUCUAAGAAUAAAAACCAAGUAAGUUGUAAAAAACAUACACACACACAGUCCGGUAUAGAAGGGUGGGUGAGCUUAGAAGCAAAAAGCAAAUAUAUGUUUAAUAGCAUUGCUGGACAAGAGAAUUAAGGCGCAAAAAAUCCUAUCAAGAGGAGAAACACACAAAAGUAAAAAAAAAAAGUAGUGAAAUACCAAGCACACACACAGAGUACACACAGGCACACAGAAAAGUACCCACACGAAUACAUACACAAACCAAGAAGAAUACUGCGUGCAUAAGAAUUAUUCACACACAAAUACAAAGGCUCUUUCAAACAAGACCAAGCGCCGAGCGAAUGCUUAAGUAUGUUGGAAGAAAGGCGAGUAGCAAUUACAAUUACAUUAGUGCGACUGAUAAAAACUUUAACCAGCAACCACUCGACAAUGAUAAGACCACAGAAGUAGUGGCAGCGUGGAGAGAAGGGCGCGCUAUGCAACCACUACCUAGACGCAGCGGUUUGUAGGCGAACUAAUCAAUUCUUAACUAGACGCGGCGGCCAGCGGCCGGCGUCUAUGGCUGCGGCUAAAUAGGGAAUUUCCUGCCUUUAACUUUAUUUGCUACGAUUACACUUGCUUGUGGCUUCGCAAUAAAAAUUUACCCCGUAAAGCUAUACAAACAUUUUAAUGACAACAACAACAACGAUAAUAUAGAUGUUGGUUAGCAAACCCACUAGCGAAUGACCGGAGCAGCAGUUGAAAGGAAAUACGAGGGCGUUGGAGCAUUGUAUCCCUAAUUUUCGUAAACCACACAGAUACAACUAAACAAAUAGACAAAAUAAAAGAAAAACUUGAGGCAUGUGUGUAUGUAUUUGCGCUGAAGACCGACAAUAAUACUUUCUACAACACAGCCAUGCUGCUGAAAAUCGCACUCAUUACAAAGAAUUAAAGCAACAACACAAGAGAAAAACAACAAAAAAGCUUUCGCAGUAAGUUAAGACGAAAGCGUAGUCGGCUUUCAGGCGCCUAUGCUGAGCAACAAGAUAGCAACAACAAGCAAGAAGCAAGCGAGGCAGCAAUGACCAUUAGUGGCUGCUCGCGCCGACAAAUACAAAUCUUAAUUAAGCAGUUUCAAUUGCAGUUUGCUAACUCUGCGCUGAACAGUGAGCGCAUGCCAGGUCAAUCCAUCCGUCCGCCCGUCCGUCAGUUUAUGUAUUUAUUUUCUGACUUUUCGUUGCCAUUUCAUUGCUACCCCCUGUGCAGCACUGCUGCCGCUGUCUUGUCGCAAGAGUUUUCGCUGAGCUUUCAAGUUGCCACACAAAAGGCACUAAGCCGCACUAAACUUGAUGGCCUCACGAAACACAAUACACCAAUCCACCAGUUGAUGUGCACGGGUGGUGUGAGUUGGAUGAAAUUGCUGUUGUCAAAUUUAAUGAGGGUUUGAGGGCUUACGCAGCAGCUGUACAAAUAUGGAACAUCUUCUAUUGCUUCAAAAAGAAAAAAAUAGGAAGACAGUGGAAUAACUAAAUGAAAUACGCACUCUGGUAUUAUGCAUACAGUAACAUAUUUUAUUUUUGAAGUUAGUUUAACAAUUCUAAGAUACCACACACAUAUGUACAUGUGUGGCUUUAGGUGCAAGUGUACCCAAAUGGGGUAGCAUUUUCAUAUAUGGCAGGCUCUUAAUGUAUGCUAAAUAAUUUUUAUAUUUUGGUACUCACAAAAGACAUUUAUAUUUUUCUUACUUUUUUCAAAUAACGAUAUAUUUAAUAUGAAACUUUAUUUACCUCCGAGUUAUAAAAAAUAAGAACGAUUCGCAAAAUUAUCAUCAAGAACAAAAUCAAUAAACUCAUACUUCAGGUUUAUCUAGUUGGAUAAGUUAAUUUUUCUAACUAAAAUGGGCAGUUGUAAGUAUAUUUCGAAAUUAAACCAUUGAGAUUCUUGGCCGAACUAGUAAAAUAAAAAAGGUUUUUGAGCCUUUAACUUAAUUCGAUUAUAAAUAUCACAAAAUUAUCGGUCGCUCACAAAAAUAAUGAUUUAGCAGAUUAGACUAGAGCCAUCAAGGAUGUAAAGGGUAUUUUCACAUCAUCGACGUAGUUUCAACAGGCCCAGAACUUUUAUUCGCUAAGCAACAUAGAACAUAGUUGUAGUACAAUAAAAUGAGAUGUAUCGAAGGCUCUUUGGCUGAUGAAAAGCCAAUGAAGAAAAUUACUUAAACCUUAGAAUAGGUGAUUUCAAAAUCUUAAAUGUGGUAUUAACAAGCCUAACUAUUUUUUUCGAAAGAAGUACCUAUCUGAAAGCACUCAAGAGACUAUUUAUUAGAAUUUACAAAAAACAAUCACAGAACUUAAUUUUCAUUCAUUUGGCAGUAGGGAGUUAUGAAUUUCUACGUUAAAAACAUACCUAAUUACGUGCCUGGCAACCCUACUGAACCUACUAGAACGCCAGCCAACAACACAAACACAAAUAUGUAUAUAGACUUCAGCACAUUGACUUGUUUGACCUCACACGCACACAAGCAUACAAUUUUAUUUUGUCACUAUUAACUGCUCCUUGCGAACUUGCAUAAUUUAAGGCGUUAAACAGCGCACAUAACCACAAGUACCCAGCAAAGCUACGGUUUCGGGUCAACAACGUCAGUCAAAUACUGUAAUAAACUUUUCUAUGGCAGUAAUUAUUUUUGCAGCUAAAUUGCGUUCGCUGCGAUAAGAUAAACAUACAUGCACGCACUUAUACACAUACAAGCAUAGGCAGACAAGUGGAAUGAGUAUAUAUGGGGUUGGGUGUGUGUAAUAAUAUAUGCAAUGUAAUUAUUGCUUACACUCGCUUCUUGUUGGCAGUAAAAUUAACAAUUUACGUGGAAAAUGAAGUGAUUACGCUGACCCGAAAGUGACCCGCCAGCAAAUUAAGACAAAACAAGUCGUUGGAAUGGAGCAUAAUAAAGGAUAACGGAAGAAGGAGUAAAACUGGUGCUGAUUAUUAAGCGAUUAAGUUGUUGUAAUGUUGAUAGUGAUAGGUGAGAGGUUUAAGCAAUAUUUGUGAGUGUAUGUGUACAUUAUUCAAGUUAGGGUAAAUAAUAAAAAACGCCGACUUCAGUUGCACCGAAGCUGUAAUACCAUUCACAAAUAAAAAAAGUUGUCCAUACAAGAACUUUGAUUUUGGUCGUUGAGUUUAUGGUGCCAAUAUCUGUCUUAGUGCUUCGAUUUGAACAAUUGUUGCGUUGUCGUGAAGAUAUCGCGUCAAAUAAAGAGGUUUUCCACACAAGACCUGGAUUUUGAUCGUGCAGUUUGCAUGGCAGCUAUAGUGGUCCGAUCUGAAAAAUUUCUUCAGCGAUUGUAGCGUUGCUAUAAACAACAAUUCGAGCCAAAUAUCUCGUCAUUUAAAAAAGUUUUAAAUACAAGGACUUGUUUUUGAUCGUUAAGUUUAUAUGGCAGCUAUAUGAUAUAGUGGUUCAAUAUCGGCUGUUACGACAAAUGAGCAGCUUCUUGAGUAGAGAAGGCUGUGUGAAAAAUUUCAUAUGGAUAUCUCAAAACCUGACAGAUUAUUUAUACACAUAUACAUAUAUUUUAUAGGGACUCUGACGCUUUUUUCUGGAUGUUACACAUUUCGUGGCAAAAGUAUAUUAAGUAUACCCUGUUCAGGGUAUAAAAAUUUAUAUGAGUUAGUGAGAGAGAAGGAGAGUGCGUCCAGUCAUGGGUGACCAAGAUAAUGUAGAAAAACAAAAAUAAAGCAACAUAACAAAUUUAAUUUAACGCUAGACAAUUUUAAGUUGACAAAACCGCAAGUAAAUCAUAUACAUAUACAUAUACAUAAGUGCGUGUGUGUUGAGCGCAUGUAUUAUUAAAAAUUAAUUUCGCACAGCACAAGGAUCUGCUAGUAAUUAAAGUAGUCAGCAGAGUGUGAAACGUUUGUAAUUUGUGCGAAUGUUAUUCAUAAUUUUUUAAUUUAGCCGUUAUUAUGUGGCUAUUUUGAUACUGAACUUAAUUAAAACAAUACACUCUAACACUCAGAGAAUGUCAAGGGAGAGCAUUAUUUCUAUUUAAUGAGAGAUAACGUGACUUUACACCGAAUAUAAAGCAUUACAAAACAGUUGCACAAAAAUAGAGCUUUCACUCGCUUAUUGCUGCUAUAAAUACAUACAAAUAUAUAUACCUACCUAUGUAAUAUAUGUAAAUAUAUAUAUAUAUAUGUCUGUAUAUCUUGCUGGCAAUUAGCUCGUUGACCACAUGCAUAAUUCAUUUAUUAAAAACGGCAAUUGACAAAGCAUUUCUACCAUAACCGGUCAAUUUUCUAAGCAUAAAUUUUGCAAACAAAUCAAAAUGUCAGUAAAUAUAUUCAAUUGUGGCCAGAAAUAAUUGAAAAUGUUGUGGAAAAAAUACGAGCGCAUGCAACACACGAACACACCGACACGCAUUUAGGUGAGCAUGUGUCAAUAUUUGUACAAAAUGGACACGUAAAGUAACAAAAAUAGACAGCAACAAGCAUAUUUGCACACUGACACACCUAAACAUAUACAUACACAGUUACAUUUGUAUUUGUUAAUUUAAUUAAACUUGUUUGCAUUUAUUAUUUGUUUUCUAUUUUACUUGCUGCAAAGAAGUUACGAAAGUAAUUAAGCAAAUAGAGAGCCAACACAAGCGAAAAGAAAACAUAUAUAUGGAACAGUACAUAUGUACAUAUAAAUAUUGUACAAUAUACAACUAAAACAUGCAAAACCUGCAUUGAAAAACACUACAAUAGCAACAAAAAGAAAGCAAGACAACAAAACACACACAUUUUUUGGGCAAUAAAGUAACGGAAUUACACAGUGAUUACAAAAAUACAAAACAAAAUAUAAUAAUAAAUAACUAAUCAUAAUUAUAAAAAUACAACACAAAACAAAUAAAAAUUAAAUAAUACAAAAUAAGCAACAUUUUCAGAGAAAAUGCCAAACAAAUGAGUUAAACGGCAUUCGGAAUAUUUAAUAACAAAAGCAAACACGCAAAAGUACUCCAAAAAAAAAUAAAUAAGGUGACAAAAAAAAUGGAACAAUAACUUAAAAAAGAAACUUAAAAAGCCUAGAAGCACAGUUACAAAACCGAAAAAAACUAGAGACAGAAAAAGAAUAUCAAUUUAUUUGUUAGUAUUUAUUUCCUUUUGUUUCAUGAAAGCGGUAAAAAAAUGACCUCUUUCAAAUAUUAAAAGACCCUGGAAAAACUAUUCAACAAUGCAUAAGAUAUUUGGAGAAUUAUGAAGACUUCGUAGAUAUGCGUAAGAGAACGUAAAAGCCUACAAUAUAAGUACAUAGGUCCUGGAAACUAUGCUGUCAACUUUAACCAAAUUUCUUUGAUUGACAUUUAAGUAUCAAUUAGUAUUGCUGCUAUUAGAUAUUUCGUUAUUUGUCGAGAAAUUUUGCUGGGUAUAGCAAAACUAGAUCUUUUUCUUGCUUGUAUAUAAUAUAAUUCAGAACUUAUAAAGAAGUAAGAUCCAUAAAGCAUUCCUGACAAUGUCACAAGUGACCACAGUUUUUCUUUUAUGAGUUUGGGUUCGGUCUUUCACAUAGUUCUUGUUUAUGGUCGUUUCAGUUGGUGUAGAAACAAUACUUUCAAACGGUGGUUCGUGUGUUAACUUACAUACAAUAUGCAAAGAAACAGUGACGAAGUCAAGUCACACACUACGAAAUCCGAAAAAGACUAGUGUAAAAUUUUUAAAAAAUUAUUUUUAUUUAUUCUCGCAUUUAUCAAUAUUCUAUAUUAAAGAAGGUUUUUUUCUAAACAGUAUUUUUCGAAUUUGCUCGAAAGCAAAUGAUCCGAUCACUAUCACAUUUUUCUGCAUGUCCUAUACACUCACCAUCAAUGACCUAACAGUCUUUUGAUCUAAGCAAAGAAAAAAUAGAUAAUUAAGAUCUUCCCAUGCGAGAUUUGCCACUGAUGAUUAUUAUUUAAUGUACAUUUAUUGAGUGAUAUGAAAAAAAUCUUAAAAAAUAUAUUUAGGGAUUAAAGUAUUCCACUUUGGGGUGACGCAUUUAACAGAAUUGUCAAGUGAUGGUUCGUGUGUUGACUUACAUACAAAGGCACACACACAGUCAAGUCGUACAACACAAAUUCAAAAAAAAAACGUGAUUUAAUAAAACAAAUAAUUAUUAUGUAGCAUUUUGUCUUUGGGAAUACUUCACGAACCACCGAAACUGAAAAAUAAAACGAUUGAAACAAAUAUAUAAACGUCAAUUUUCAAAACCAGUUCGAAGUUAAUACAGGUCUUACGUAAAAAAUUUCAACAUUUUAGUGCAGGAAUCCGAGAUUUAUUAAUCUUGUCAUUUUCUUAUAAAAGAACAACUAUUUUCGGAACAAUACCAUUCCUUCUAAAGCUGGCUGGAAAAGAGCAUCAAAUAAAAAUAUACUAAAAUCAUGUUUAGAGAAUAUUAAGAACGACGAAAGCCUGUACAUUAACACACACUUCAAAUAUUAUAUUUGUUUUUGAUUAUUAAAUACAAUAUAUAAAGGUUGAAACAGCCUCCAGUAAUUUUCUUAUUUUAAAGAAAAAUAAUUUAUUUUAUAUGAAAAAUAUUCAAAAUAGUACCCAAAUUAAAAGAAAAUAUCGUAUUAAUUAUAUGUCAAAAAAAGAAACAAACAAACCCAAUUAGCUGCUCUGAAUUUAGGAAAAUUUUCAAUCAACGCCAAAUAUACAGCGGCCAAAAAGAAAACACAAAUGCAUUUAAUUUGAAACAUAUACAGAGAUAGUACUUAGCCCCGCCAAAAAGCAUAUAACAAAAUUUUACUGUUAAUAUGUUUUAAAUCAAACUGUAAUGGACAGAUCAUCCAUUACCAUUAUUUAAAUUGAAAAAAAAAAAAUAAAAUAAAUACAAAAUAAAUAUUGGACAAAAAUUAAAAAUAAAAAUAAGUAAAAGUAAAAGUAUGAUACAAAAAAAAUUAAAUCAGAUACAAUAAUAAUUAUAACAUAUAAAAAUUAACAUAAAAAAAAGUUAAUUAAACAAAAAAAAACAUUAAGUGAAAUCUACUACAAAUACAUAAAAUAAAAAAGCACAAUUUUAAAAUAAAGAUGCUGACAUAAAAAUUCUGUGAACAUGAGAGAAACGUUCAAAUAUAUUGUAAUAAUUUUGUGUGUAGAUAUUUAAUAUAUACUUCAAAUAUAUGUAUAUGUAUGUAUUUGCGCCAAUAAGGCAUACUAUUGUGUCAGGAAAUAAUUUAUAAAUAUUAUGGGGCACCCAAAUUAAAAUAAAAAGCAAUAUUUUCACAAAUACAAAAGGAUUACUGGUACCACUACAUACAUAUAUAUGUACUAGACAUACAUAAAAGAUGUAUAAAUAUAAAGUUUAAAUAAGUGGGAAUUCAAAAACAACAAAUUAUAAAUAUUAAAUGUAGUUUUAAAAAUAGAAAAAAGUUAGUUAAUACGUAGAGAAAUACAUACUAAUUCAAAAAGCGAAAAAUAAAAUUUGAAAAACAAAAUAUCAAAAAAAGAAAACAUUUUUAGUAAUGUAUAAAAAAAAAAUUAUAAAAUAAAACAUAAAAAGAAAUAUUGAAAAAAGACAGAAAAAAAACAAUAUUUAAAAUUAUUUCGAAAAAAUUAUAAAUAAAUUCAAAAAAUAAUAUGUAUGUAUGUAUAUUAGUGUGAGUCAAAAACUAACCUCGAAUUCAUGCGCUAAAAUGAACAACUAAGCAGAGAAAAAAAUAUUAUAAAAAUAUAAAAUUUAAGAAAAUUAAUUGAUUACUUUUUAAAGGUGUGGUGAGCAUUAAUUUCCCGUAUAAAUACGGUAACCCUUGAAAAUAUGUUUUCUUUAAAAAUACCAUAACUUUUGAAACAUUUAAAAU